GCCCUCUCGGGGCGCGCAGGGACAGUGAAUCAAACACACUUGGCUGGUGUGCAGGAGGAGCAGAAUCAGACCCUCAACUUGUUCUCCGGACGGAGUCGCUCGGUGUGUGGGUGUGUGUGACCGCGGAGCUCCUCUCGGUGCGGCGCAGCGUCAGCAGCUCUCCACACCGGCCCGGCAUGCACCAUUCGCGGGGGACGACGAGGCAGUGAGCCGCGGACACCCGGAGAGAUGCAGGCGGAGGACAUGGAGGUGCCGAUCAUCCACAACCUGAACGAUACCGGGGACAGACUGAGGCCGAGGGGGAAAGAUGUGUUCAAGGAGCAGCAGAAGGAGUCGGAGAGCUCCAUGGACUCUCCCAACCUGGAGUUUGAGUACGGAGACACGGACACAGUCACCGCUGAGCUCUCAGAGCUCUACAGUUACACAGAGGAGCCGGAGUUCGCUCUCAACAGAGACUACUUUGAGGAGGACUUCAGGAGCCAUGGCAGGAGGUGGAUCGAGCUGGCGGUGGAGGAGCAGAGGACGUACGUGAUGAGGCUGCUGGACGCACUGGAGGUGACGGACAGAGACAAGAGGCUGAAGGUGGCCCGAGCCAUCCUCUACCUGGCUCAGGGAGUGUUUGAUGAGUGCGACACAGAGGUGGACGUGCUCCACUGGUCCAGACACAAUGUCUUUCUGCUCUACGACAUGGGCAUCUUCACGGCGCUGCUGGAGCUGCUCAGCAUGGAGAUAGACAACAACCAGGCGUGCAGCAGUGCAGUGAGGAAACCUGCCAUCUCUCUUGCAGACAGCACGGAGCUCAGAGUGUUACUGAGCAUCAUGUAUUUGAUGGUGGAGACCAUUAGAGUUCAAACAGAGGAUGACCGACCUGAGUGGAUCGCAGCCAGAGAGGCCUUCAAGAAUGAGUUAGGUUCACCUCUGUACAACGGAGAACCCUUUGCCCUGCUCCUCUUCACAAUGGUGACCAAGUUCUGCAGCAUGAAUGCCCCACACUUCCCCAUGAAGAAAGUCCUCCUGCUGCUCUGGAAGACGAUACUGUUCACCUUGGGGGGUUUCGAGGAGCUCCAGCAGAUGAAGGUGCGGGGCCGGGAGCGUCUCAACCUGCCUGCACUACCAGAGGACAGCAUCAAGGUGGUCAGGGCGAUGAGAGCGGCCUCACCACCGGCCUCGGCCAUGGAGCUCAUCGAACAGCAGCAGCAGCAGAAGAGGGGCCGCCGCAGCCGCAGGCCCCUGGUCAAACAGGACAGUCUGGACACGUACAACGAGCGGGACCCCUUCAAGAACGAUGACGCGCGGGACGAGGAGGAGGACCCUGAGGACACUGACAGCGGCAUCGAGGGCGAGGUGGACCCCCUGGACCGUGAUGUCAUCAUCCAGCCUCCGCCUCCGCCGCCUCCUCUGAGACCUCCAACAGAGAGGGUCAACUUCCCCAAGGGCCUCCCCUGGGCCCCUAAAGUCAGGGAGAAAGACAUCGAGCACUUCCUGGAAACCAGUAGAAACAAGUUCAUCGGCUUCACUCUGGGAAAUGACACAGAGACCUUGGUGGGAUUACCCAGACCCAUCCACGAGAGUGUCAAGACUCUGAAACAGCACAAAUAUGUGUCUAUUGCUGAGGUCCAGAUCAAGAGGGAGGACGAGCUGCAACAGUGUCCGCUGACUCUGGGGGAGGAGGAGGUGGAGGAGACUCCAGCAGAGAUCCUGUACCUGGGUAUGCUUCCUAACCUCUCCCAGUAUGUGAUUGCCCUCCUGAAGCUGCUGCUGGCUGCAGCCCCCACCUCCAAAGCCAAAACGGACUCUAUCAACAUCCUGGCUGACGUGCUGCCUGAGGAGAUGCCAUUGUCAGUUGUUGCUCUUUUCCACACUGUCAAACUGUGUAACACUCCCACACCUUCCCUGUUUUUGCAGUUUGAGAUCGUCUCCCAGCACCUGGUGUUCGCCAACUGUAUCCCACUCAUCCUCAAGUUCUUCAACCAGAACAUCAUGUCCUAUAUCAGUGCCAAAAACAGCAUCUGUGUGCUGGACUUCCCUCACUGUGUGGUCCAUGAGAUGCCUGAGCUCACAGCCGAGAGCCUGGAAGCAGGAGACAGCAACCAAUUCUGCUGGAGGAACCUGUUCUCGUGCAUCAACCUGCUGAGGACCCUGAACAAACUGACCAAGUGGAAACACUCCAGGACCAUGAUGUUGGUGGUGUUCAAGUCGGCCCCCAUCCUGAAGAGAGCUCUGAAGGUGAAACAGGCCAUGAUGCAGCUCUACGUCCUCAAGUUGCUCAAGAUCCAGACCAAGUACCUGGGCCGCCAGUGGAGGAAGAGCAACAUGAAGACCAUGUCAGCCAUUUACCAGAAAGUCCGCCACAGGCUCAACGACGACUGGGCGUACGGAAACGAUAUCGAUGCACGGCCCUGGGACUUCCAGGCGGAGGAGUGCGCCCUGCGUGAGAACAUUGAGAAGUUCAACAGCCGCCGGUAUGAUAAGAACAAGAACGGCGACUUCAUGCCCGUGGACAACUGCCUGCAGAGCGUGCUGGGCCAGCGCGUGGAUCUGCCAGAGGACUUCCACUACAGCUACGAGAUGUGGCUGGAGAGGGAGGUGUUCUCUCAGCCGAUCCAGUGGGAGGGGCUGCUGCAGAAUCCGUGA